AUGGAAUGUGAUCAGCCGAAAGAAAAGCGAAUAAAUACCGAUAGUUCUACCAACGUCUCCGAGGAGCUGAAAAACUGGAUGAGAAAAAAUGAAAUCGCGACGAUUCCAGAGAGCGAAAUGAUUUUGAGAUACAGUGAGAAGGAACAUCGAGAGCUUCUUGGUGCUAGUCCGUGGACCAAAGAUCCGCACUAUUUCAAGCUUUGUAAGAUAUCAGCCGUUGCUCUGUUGAAAAUGCUUAUUCAUGCUAACUCUGGAGGAAAUAUUGAGGUGAUGGGUCUGAUGCUUGGAAAGAUUGACGAGACGACAAUGAUAAUCCACGACGUUUUCGCACUGCCAGUUGAGGGGACGGAGACUAGAGUCAAUGCACACACGCAAGCUUAUGAGUACAUGUCGAAAUAUGUGAAUGAUAAGCAACAUGUCCAGCGACUAGAAAAUGCCAUUGGUUGGUACCACUCUCAUCCUGGCUAUGGCUGCUGGCUAUCCGGAAUCGAUGUGGGCACACAAAGUCUUCAUCAACAAUUUGAAGAGCCAUACGUCGCAAUUGUAGUCGAUCCAGUGAGGACAAAAUCGACCGGAAAAGUGAACAUCGGCGCAUUCAGAACAUUUCCAAAGGGUUAUCUUCCCUCACACGAAGAAGCAGCUGAAUAUCAAUCUAUUCCAAUAGAGAAGAUUGAGGACUUUGGCGUCCACGCGAAUCAGUAUUAUCAGCUUGAUAUUGAAGUAUUCACGACACAAACGGAUCAGAAUAUGCUAAAGUCGCUUUGGAAUAAGUACUGGCCAUCAACGCUUUCUAUGUCUUCUCUUCAUGAUAACCGAAAAUAUUUGACAAACUCGAUCAACGAUGUUGGCGCGAAAAUCGAGCUCAUCGCUGAAAAAGUCAGUAAGCAAGGUUAUGGCAGCGCAGCCGGAGUGAAUCCAGCUGCUGGAAUGAACAAACUAAACAAAGUCAUUGUUGACGCAGAAAAGAUCUUUCAGGAAGUUCAAACUGGCCUCCACAUGCAAAACUUAAAACGAGACAUAUUUUCUUCAUUUCUUCACUGA